UCGGUGCGCCGCCCCGCAAUCAGGUUCGUGCUCGAUGUUUCUAACCGCCUCGCUCGUCGCAGCCGGGAGAGAGAGACGGUAGUGCACGUUUUUACGUUUGUUCGUCAGCUACGUUUGACUAAGUACAGUCCGGGAUAGAACGGAGCACGUCUCGCGCGCUCUAUUUUUCUAUAUAUUUUUUGUUCUCUUUUCUCGUUUAACCGUUCUCUUCCACGGCGGAUCGUAAUCUCGUCGCUUGCGCGUCCCUCUUGUUUAUUUGUCCGAUAGAUACGCGGCUGACAGAGACGCUAUUCUCUCGGGAAUCCUUAGUUUGUACAUAUUCCGUAUCGUCGUGUGGAAAAGCCGGAAAGGCUUGUCGAAGGCUACGUUUGUCUAUCCGGGGGAUACGAAGGACUAACGAGUGUGAGGGAAAGCCUGUUAAACACACACGGAAAGGAAGAAGAAGGAACGCAGUGGUUCGCCGGCGUAGACUCGCAACAGAGAAGAGCGCGCGUCUCGCUGCCAGUCAACCAGUCGGCCAUUCAGUCAGUCAGUCGAUCAUUCAGUCAGUGCCGGUUCUACACUCCGAACGUUUUCUUCUCUCUGUCUGUUUAUAUUCAGUCCCGAGUUCCUCAAUGGUGGCUGUCUCGAUGUGUUUUGCUGGCAACCAACGAUAAUCCUUUGUCUGUAAGUGAAACGAGAAACGGGAACACGAAGAAAACCGAUCGAAAACUUGGAUCCUAUUGGUGGUGUUGUACGAUUUUUGUGUUCCAUCGUUGAAGACACAAAUACACACGAAGUAAACGAUAUCCCUGGCCAAAAGCUUGGAAGGAAAAUGUGCCGCCAACGGACACGGCCAGUGAAUUGAUAAAUUUCAUACGUGAUGAUUUUCUUACGUUAGCAAUUCGUUGAUUGUUGGUGAUGAUUGUGCUGGUUCGCUAUGUACACGCCUUCACGUCGUGAGCGUCGUCGUUAAAAAAAGGAAGGAGGAAGGAGGGAGCCUUUUCCGCCGAUUCAAACGUCCAUCCUUAACGUACAUCUAAACGUACAUCUCUCGUCGUGUCUUUCUUCCCUUGGUCCACGUAUAGUCACAAGAGGAGAGAUCGAGGCGGGUAAAUAGGCGAAGUGGGGUGACGAGCAAACGGGGCGAUCGGAGAAAAAGGAAGGAUCGAGAAGGAGGAGGAGGAGGAGGAGGUGGAGGAGGAGAUAACAAGGGCAUGAUAAGCAAGGACACGGGCGUUGGACGAAUAUCAGGUGACACGGUAGACGAUAGCCAAGGAGGGUUCAGCGUCCGAGGAGGAAGGAGGAAGGUGUAUCGACAGAUUCGCCGUCUUGUCUCACGGCAACGGAUGUCGGAAUGACGCGUCGAUCAAGCCGUGGCUGGGCAGAGGGUGCAAGGACUUCGUUAAACGGAAGAAAGUGAUAGUCGUGGACUCGCUUCGGAGGAGGCGGAGAGGCGGAGUUGGUCGGAGAAGGGAGAGGAAGAAGAAGGAAGCGUCGGAGAUCGUCGAACUUAUCAGAAGCGAUCGCGGGCUCAUUGUCUCGUCACUCUCCAGCAACGGCGACGGAUAACGUCCUCUCGUCGCUAUCACGAUGUUGUCGUUAUGAGAUUCGUCGUAUUUCCUUAUACCUGACGGUCAAAAAUACUGUUCGAUAACUUCUUCCCCAAGCGAACAGAGAAAGCGAAUAAAAUAGAAGGAAUCUCGAGCGGACCAAGUAAAAAGAAAAAAAAGAGAAAGAAAUCACGCGAAAAUCGCCAAGUACAAGAGGACAGAACUGGAAAAAGAAACGAGACUGCUACCAAAGAAUUUGAUUCGAGGACGUUGGAGGGAAGAGGGUCAAAGUUAACUGACCGAAAGCACGCGUAGCAAAGGAAACAGUGAUCUCGUUUAACCUUGGAGAGGAGAGAGAGAAGAGAGAGCGAGAGCAUCGUGGAUCGCAGAACGUAAUCGCGCAAGGACAGGCAACCGACUGUCCGUGUGGCUGUUGCGUUGGAAGGGUGCCGAUAAAAGAAUAGAGGGGUGCGUGGUGAAACGCGACGAGAGGGUGAAGUGAAGGUGUCCUCGUGGGGUGCCAGAGUGAGCACGAUAGCACCUCUGGUGCCCUCGGCCGUGGGUCCCGAGGGGACGGACGCCAUGGCGGCCUCUUCGUCCUCGUCGAGCGGCGAGCAACAGUACUCACUCAGGUGGAACGACUUCCACUCGAGCAUCCUCAGCUCAUUUCGUCAUCUGAGGGACGAGGAGGAUUUCGUGGACGUGACCCUGGCAUGCGACAGUAGCAGCUUCACCGCGCACAAGGUCGUUCUCUCUGCGUGCAGUCCUUACUUCCGCCGCCUCCUCAAGGCCAAUCCAUGCCAGCAUCCGAUCGUGAUCCUGAGGGACGUCGCCUCGUCGGACAUGGAGUCGUUGCUGCGCUUCAUGUACCACGGAGAGGUGCACGUAGGUCAGGAACAGCUCGCCGCGUUCCUAAAGACGGCGCAGAUGCUUCAGGUUCGAGGGUUGGCCGAUGUGAACAGCGGCGCUGCCAAAAUUCCUCCUCCCUCGUCCUCCGGCGGGAACAAUGGCAGUGCGCCGGCGACACCGCGCAAUCCUUGGCAAGACAACGGCAGAGGAGAGUUGAACGAGAGCGGUCUGAGCCCACCACCAGAGAAGAGACCUAGAAGCUACAGCCCACCGUUGGGUAACCACGUGGAGCCCAAGACCGACCUUCAAGAAUCGCUUUUGGGCCAGGCUUUGGCGGAGGGACCCACGAUACACACGACACCCACCAACAACGUUCAGGCGCAAUCUACCGGCGAGGAUUCGAACUCCAUGUCGGACAACGAGGAGGAGAUGUCGAAUAACGACAGCAUCCUGAACUCGGUGAAGACCGAACCAAGCGACAUCCUGAAUGAUUCUAUGGAACAUCAUCGUAAUUCGUUUCCGGCGCUCUUGGGAAUACCAGGACUGAUACCAGGACCGUCCGGGAUCCACGCGGCGAAUCAGGAUCCGAAUUACGUGGCCCGCCGCGGCUUGGACAUGAUGCGGGUCCGCGCCACAGAUCCACGCCCCUGCCCGAAAUGCGGUAAGAUCUAUCGAUCCGCCCACACAUUGCGCACUCACCUGGAAGAUAAGCACACGAUCUGUCCGGGGUAUCGUUGCGUGCUGUGCGGUACCGUGGCCAAGUCGAGGAACUCGUUGCACUCGCACAUGUCGCGCCAACAUCGAGGGAUCAGCACCAAGGAUCUACCGGUCCUACCGAUGCCCAGCCCGUUCGACCCUGAAUUGGCGUCUCGUCUGUUGGCCAAGGCAGGUGUCAAGGUGAGUCCCGCCGAGUUGCGAGCCCGUGCAAGCCCCACCGGCCCGAGAAGGGGCGAUAUGAGGCUCGAGAUACCACGAGGGGGCGCCCCGUCCGAGGCUGGGAGCAGCAUCUGCGGCGGGGACGAUCCGGAGGAUCUCACUUUGCCGCUCAGCCUCAGGUAUGGAUCACCCACGCCCAAUAACAACACCGUGAUCACCAAGGUGAGCGGCAGCGGCAACAACGGCGGCGGCAGCACCAAGAACUCGACCACGACCGCGAUAGCGGCCAAGUCUUUGGACACGUUGCACGGCAGCCGCGAGCCGAACACGGCGCCCCUUCAUCCACCCGGCCAUCUUCAUCCGAGUCAUCACAACACCAGCGCGACGGGAUCAGCCAUUCUCGACACAUAUUUGCAAUUUAUAGCUGAGAAUUCCGGUUUGACGACGAUGGGCCUCAGCCCCGAACAAGCUGCCGCCGUUGCGGCGGCGCACGCGGCCAAGAUGGCGCACAUGAGCGCCAUGGACAAGUUGGGCGGUCGUGGGAUCGAGGAUUAUCCCAUGAUCGGCCGAGACGAGGGUCGGGGGCCCGGUGUGGUGCACGAGGAUCGCCAGGACGCGAUGCAGGACAGGCACGUUGGAUUGUUGGAGGAGGGGGAGUCGUCGGGGGGCGAAGAGGACGAUUUCAGCGAGAACGAGGAGCCGGAAAUCGUUAAAGCCGAAUAGGUGGCAAUCUGCGACUAUAGUUUGUUACACGAGUGACCCGAUUAUUAGGAAGCGCUUUGGAGAGACGCGUUUUUUUUUUUUGGAUCCGAUCUUGGAUCUAAGCGCGUUCCCUUCGCUCGCAGUCAAAUCCAUCCACUACCUCAGUAGAGACUUGUCCCAUUGUUUUCUUUUCGUUGCGGGAGAAUAGAAUUUUUGUUUUUUUUCUUUUUUUUUUUUUUUGUUUUUCCAAAGAAAAGAUGAAGAAAGAAGAUGAAACGAAGUCAUGACACACACACACACGUAUAAUUCACACGUUUACAUUUAUAUAAAACCGGGCCGGUUCCGAAUCGGAGAAACGAAUCCCUCCUUCGCUACACUCGGAGAAACGGAUCGUUCAAUUUCCGUUUUCCCUUUUGCUUUACGAUACAUACACACGCAUGGAAACACACAUGAACACAUAUACAUAUAUACUCCGUCACACAUCAUGUAAACACGUGUAUGUAAUGCGCGUAUACAGUUUUUACCCCAGUAUAAAAUAUUCCAUCUGUCUACCUCAGUGAACCACGAUAAACGAUAAGUGAUAGGACAGACCAAGACGAAUCUCACGGACGACGAUGAUGAUGUUUCGGGGAGAGGAGAGAGAAUCAGAAUCAGGGAGAUGAUAAAAAAGAAAUGAUAUCGCCAUGGCUAUUCAUUCUUCGCAUGAUUUUUACUCAUUUAUGAAAAAUGAUUUAUGAAUACGAAGAACGAUAUCGAUAUAUCGCGACAGACGUCGUUCAACCGGUUCCAACGAGCCGGCGCUUUCACGGUCUCGUCGAACCGAUGAUUCGUUCGUCGAAAAAAAAAGGAGAGGUCGCCCCGACGAAACCUUAGACGAGAGGAUGCUAGGGAGGAUCAAUUGUUCGAUUCUUUUUAUUUUCUAAAACGCUGUUUGAGAGAAAGAGGGAGAAAGGGAGAAAGAGAGAGAGAGAAAAGAGAAAACGGUGACCGUCGCGUAUAUAAACGCGACUCCCGAGAAGAUAUUAUUAUUAUUAUAUUAUAUUAUAUUAUUAUUAUUAUUAUUAUUAUAUAUAAAUGUUGAGGAAAAAUAUAUAUUGUCUAGAUUUAUAGAGAAGUUAGUAUACCACGACGCGUACGUACGUAUGUACACAAUACGAAUAACAAAAAAAAAAAAGAGAAUAACGAUAAGAAUUGGAGGGAAAAGGACGCGUUAAAGUAACGAGUAGAAUGAUACACGUGUUUAACGUUAGGGUUCAGCACCCUCUGUAUUUUUUAGACGCGUGCAUCUUUCCAACGUACAUACAAUCACUUACAGACGCGAAUACACGGCAUUAAGUACAUUAAAAUACAUACACAGUACCAUUUUUCACGUAUGGUUGUACACACAUGUGCACUCACACAUAUACACACACGAGAGAGAGAGAGAGAGAGAGAGAGAGAGAGCGAGAAAGAGAGAGAUUAUGUUUCCACGCUUGAUUUGAAUUCGUGCGCGAAUCAAUUACGUACGGUCGUGUCUCGUCAAGAGAGUCGCUUUAGAAUCGCGACGAUUAUUACGAUUGUUAAUUAUCUAUUCGUUUUAUCAUAGGGAUAAAAAAAAAGGCGGGAUAUGCAAAGCCGGAGAAACCGGGUAAUCUCAUCGUGUCGAUCAAUGAAAUAUUCUCGUUUCGUUUGGUUAAACUUAGGCUAAAACUUAGGUGUUCGAACGAAGAAAUUGGCUAGCUUUCUUUGACCGGCCAGAAAGAGAUAUAAUUGUUAUAUGAUAAAACGUGAUAAAAUAGAAUCUCGUUAGGAUUCGAGAGAUGGUCGAGACGAUGCGUUCUACUCGGUUCUGGAAAAUGGAAUUAGGCGAGUAGCGCGCGAAACUACGAAAAAAAAAAAAAAAGAAAAGGCCUCGACUAGGAUGAAUCAAUUAAUUUUAUUCUUGUCGUUCUUUUUUUUUUUUUUUUUAUACCCUUUUUCCUAGUUUUCAUUCUUUCAUAGAAAAUCCGUCGAAUCAAUCGAAAUGGGAAAAGAGAAUCAUCCCCUAAGGGCUUGCCAUGACUUUUCUUAGUACUUAAGUUCUUUAUUUCGAUCAUUUUCUCUUGAAGGGAACGACACGAUUCUUUCUAUCCGUAGAGAUCUUCUCACAGACGACUAGUUGCUCGUGUAUUGUUUUUUGUUGUGUGUUUUCUUUUUUCGAAAGAAAAAAAAAAGAGAGAGAGAAGAAACGCGACGCAAGGAAACAAGGUGGAAGCCACGAGUGGAAAGGAAGAACUGUUUCAUCUUUUCUUGAACUUCGUCUUGCUCCUAAUGGAGCAUCGAUCGGACUCUUUCCGCAUUCUUGAACGUGUCGUUAGCUCUGACUCAUCUCGAUACUCCUCUCUAGCCUCGUUUUAUUUAUAAAUCCGUUAACGUCUCUUCUCGUCCUCUAACGAUUUUUCGUUUCACGAUAAAUUGUAUUUCAAAUUUUAUUUUUUAUUUAUAUUUUUCUUUUUCUUUUUUUUUCGAUCAUCCUCGUAAAUUAUACACACGUGGUUCUCGUUCCACGAGUGGCGAUGAAGAUAUAUAUAUAUAUAUAUAAAAUGGGAAAGAAAGAAAAAAGUUAGAGGCAGUUUCGAAGAUCGUAACUGCGCGCGCGAUUUCGUGUCCAGGUUCGAGAAGUAUAAUAUUAAAAUGGUUCCUACUAAUUGAAUGCAUACACGAGCUACUUUGAUUUACAGUAUAUCUUGAGAAUAUAUAUUAUAUACAUAUAAAUAUAUAUAUAUAUAUAUACACAUAUACACACACACACACACACACACACACAAUAUACACAUAAUUAGAUACGUCUAGGAAAAAAAAAGAGAAAUUUAGCAAUACGUAGUGGCGCAUCGCGUUUUAAACAAAAAGUUUCUUCCCUUUCAUAUUCUUUAUUAUAAUAAUUAUUAAUUUCGUCCUUUCUUAUUAUUUUGUUUCAUUUCUUCUUUUUUUUUUUUUAAUGCGCGAAUUCUUUUUUCUUGCGCGAAUGUGCAUGGAAGAGUGACGAAUGACGAAUAAGUGAGAAAAUCGAUUAUGGCUGAAGAUGAAUCCUUUUUUUUCUUCUUUUAGAUCUUUAACACCUAUUUUUAUUCUUUCUUUCCUUUUUUUCUUUUUUCUUUCUUUCUUUUUUUCUUUUUUGCCUAGAUUUAGUAGGUUGUAAACAAUACUCGCAGUAUACUAACCCUUUCUUAGCCUGUAAGAGCAUUUUAUCUAUGAAACACAGGGACUCUUAGUGAUUUUGUCGCUAUAGGAAUACGUCGUUCACGAACGGAAUAUAAGCUGUGUACUUCUGCGCGAGACGAUACGUCCAAGAAAGAGAGGGGAAAAAAAAAGAAGUAGUAGAUUCGAAAAAUCAAAAAAAAAAAAAAAAAAAAAAAAAAGAAAAAGGAAAAAAAAGAGAGAGAGAAAAAAAGAAACCGAUCGAUCGUGGAUCGAGCGCGAGACGAGCAAACUUUUUGAUGAGCAGCGUCGAAAACCAACCCCCUUUCGACGAAUUCUCGAGAUCUUAUUUAUUAGAGAGAUUUUAAGCUUACUAAUCGAAGAGUAUAAACUUUUUAUCCGCGACAAUAAUUAAGAGAGAACUGAUCGUAUCGAAACAAUGUUCACAGAAUUAUCAGGAUAAGGGAAUUAGAAGGGGCAGGGUGUUGAAGAAGUUCGACGCUGAGAUUCUUCGAUUUUUUAAAACUUUAUAUUGUACAUACAUACGGUGGAGUAUUUGUAUACGAUCGAAAUACUUGUAUACGAAUCCGCGGGGAAGAGGCCACGGGUAGAUCUUUGUAGAGAAAGAAAAAGGAAAAAAAAAAUAGUAGAAUCAUAAUACCGUUUAUCGUGCGCUCUCGAUCCGUGUUAUUUUUAACGUUUGUUACGGACAGAUGAAAUUUUUAAUCGCUCGUUCGCUUCGCAGAAAGAUUCACGAGUCGUCGCUGCGCGAAUUUGUACGGUGGAAAGCUUCGUGGAUAGACGUGUUUUAUUGUAGAACGGAGAAAAUGCGGGAAUAUGAUCGAUCGAAACGCGAAUCCAGGUCUAAUCGGUACAAAGAAACCACUUCUUGCCUUGAAGAAAGCUCUCUAUAAAUAUUACGGAUCAGGUGCGAUCGUGUCGCGAGAGAAGAGUUAAGAUAAAAAUUGAAAUUAAAAAAAAAAAGAGGAGGAACCCGAAGGAAGAAAAAUAAAGAAUAAUAAGUAAAUAAAUAAGAAAAAAAAAAGAGGAAAUUCUUCGCAGAGUACAAAUUUAUUCGCGAUGUUUGUCGAGGAGAAGAAUCUUAAAGAGAAGAAAACAAAGAGAUAAUGGAAAAUAAGAAAAAAAAAAAAAAGAAAAUAUCGUGGACAUCGAUCGAAGGAGGAAGCUAAAAGGUUUUCUAGGUAUCGUUAUACGCGUUUGUGACAACUGUCUGUCCGGAUCAGAACGAAGAAGGGAGGAAAGUGGAAAAUAGGGUUUGAUCGUUUUUUUUUCCUUUGUGCCAUUGUGAAUAAUUAAUCAAACACGACGAGGUUUAAGACUUUCUUUUUCCUUUUAAUCUUUUUCAUCUUUUUUUUUUCUUCCAUUCGUUUUCGUUGUCAUUAUUCUUUCGCUAUUUCUUCACCGGAGAAAAAUUGCACAGAAAGCGUCUCCCCUUAAUUAUUUCAAUAAUCCUCCAUGACGAUCAACAAAUCGUACACGCGUUGAUCGUAGUCGCGUGGAAAAGUUGAUGAACCCAAACACAAGUGAUCUCGUCGAUAGACUUUCUUCUUCGCUUUUCUUUUAAUCUUUUGUCAAUUUUUUGUUUUUCUUCUUCUUCUUUUUUUUUUUUUUUUUUUCUUUAACUGUACAGAUACAAGCGUCGAUUUCGAUCAAUCGUCGCGAUAAUGUACGUUAUAUAGAAACACGUACACAUUGAAAUAUAUAUUUAUAUAUGUACACUGACACAUGUACAGAUUUAUCGAACGCUGCAAAUGCGUAUGCAUACAUAAAUACACACACAGAUAUACACAUACACACACGUUUACGUACAGGCACGUAAGCAAACAUUAUAGUUAAAAGGGUUGGCGGGGUGCGUUCGUCUAUCCCUUUAAAGUGACAGAUAUUCACGAUACCCUCCCUGCAGAUCAUAGUUUUCUACGACAGUAUUUAUAUAGCUAUAUAUACAUAUAAAUAAUUAUAUCUAUAUAAAUAUAUAUAUAUACACAAUCAGAAAUAUAUUGUAUGUAUAUACGAAAUGUACAUAUACAUAUUAAAAUAUUUUUACACGAACGAUCCCCUUUAUCGCGCCAGCACCCCGUCAUCUCACCCUUCAGUCGGGUGUAUCCCCGGUAUUGAAAAAAAAUAGUCCGUUGAACGUAGUUCGCAAUAGUCAUUUGGAAUAAAAUAAUCACCAACUACAGUAUUGCAAUAGUUGUUAGAGAGACAAUCGUGUGAACGUAAUCGUGGAAAACGCUCCCCUUUUCUAACGGAUGGAUUAAAUUGGGAAAAAAAAGGUAAAAAAGAAAAUGAAAAAAUUAAAACAAAAAAUAAAAUAGAAGAAAGAAAGAAAAAAAGAACAAACUGGCUCGCAACAAGCAAACACUUUUGAUCGCGUGAAAAUAUCGCGAAACGAAUCGAAAACGAAGAGGAGCGGAUGAAAUAUUCUUGGCUACCCGAUGAUUCUUGGUCGAAGAAAAUAAGAAAAAGAAGUAUGAAAGAAAAGGUGGUGAACGCACGACAGAACACUCGUCUUCCGUAUCGGCGAGCCGCCGCGGCUCUCUCGGUAUCGACAAUAAUAAACGGCGAGCGUGCCGGCGCUCGUAAAUGCCGAAUCGUGCGAGUGCACUCGUCUCCGCGUGGCUUUACGGUGAUUAUAAAGUCGGAUUAACGACGCCGUAAACGCGGCUAAACCUUUCGCGAAUAGUUCGCCAGUCGGGAACGUUUCGUUCGAGUUCUUAGGGGGGGAAAUGCAAAUAAACCGUCUCUGAAAUUCUCUUGCCUACCGGAAUAAAGGGAAUCCGGCAAAGUCUUUCGGCUUUCGGAUAUCCUGGCUAUAGAGGAUAUCUUCGUGGCUCGAGCGAGAGCAAUGUAAACUUGAGAGCAUUGUCGAACCGCGAACCGUGUCUUUUCGAAAAAGAUUUGCGAAUAAUUAUACGAAUAAUUAUAAUUAAAUAUCGCCCUGCUUAAUAUCGAUCGAAUCUUCGUUCCGUUCGUUCCUUUUUUUUCUUCUUCUUCUUCUUCUUAAAUUAUAUUACAAGAUAUACAGGACUGGCGAAUGUUGUUCUGUCGUGCGUUAAAUUUUUGAUCACGCAAUUCAAUCAUUGAUGAUCGAAGUCGAGGGGAGAGGGAGGACGUGACAAGGGAGAAUCAGUUUUUUCUUUUUCUUUUUCUCUCGAAACUUAAAAAUUUCGCAAGGGAGCGAUCUACCACCUCAGGUACUCUGAAAAAUUGACACGAUUACAUGAUGCAUUGUUGUAAAUGUAAUAACAAACUCAGGAAAUCUGAAGCAACCAGGCCGUGAUACUAUUACUUAUAGAAACUACUACUGCUACUGCUACUACUACUACUACUACCACUACUACUACUACUACUACUACCACUACUACUACUGUUACUACUAUUACUACUACUACUACUACUAUUACUACUACUACUACUACUACUACUACUGCUACUCCUACUGCUACUGCUACUACUACUACUACUACUACUGCUACUACUACUGCUACUACUACUACUACUACUACUACUAUUACUACUACUAUUACUACUACUACUACUACUACUACUACUACUACUACUACUACUAUUACUACUACUACUACUACUACUACUACUACUACUACUACUACUACUACUACUACUACUACUACUACUAUUACUACUACUACUACUACUACUACUACUACUACUACUACUACUACUGCUACUACUACUACUACUACAGGUUUGAUUCUUUAUGCGUUAAACGGACGCUCGGAUGAUUCGCGAGCCAGCGUCUAUUCUGUUUUGUUUCGUUUGUUUAUUUGUUUCUUGUUUGUUACGAGAUUUUACUCUGGCAAGUGGCAAGGCGUGUGCACACCGCGUGUCUGUGAAUCUGCAGCGAAUGUGCCCCGUGAAAUCGAUUGGAGCCGUUCCAUUCGCGAAAAAAGAAAGGCCAUAAACGAACUAUAUUACACGAUUACAUUAUAUUAUAUUGUAUCCGACUUGAUGCAUCUUCAUACAAAUUAUUUCGUCAUCACACGUUGUCGCGACGAAUCGCACGGCUCGAAUUUGUUUCGCGAGCCACGUACGUGAUUAUGCGAUUAUUAGACAGGCAGAGGGAAUUUAUUAAAAAGAAAAAAAGAAAAAAAAAAUAAGGGAAAAAAGAAAUGUUUGUGAAAAAUCACCACAGCUACCUCCAUAAUUAAUUAAAUAUCAGUCUUCUUCUCGCGCUAUAUUCACGCUCAUGAUUACCUAAAGCAUAUAAAGUAACGUUACUUUUUACGAUGACGUUCGGGGGCGAGUAAUUCGUCAUCUCGACGAAACCAUUGCAUCUCCGCAUAGCGAGUAUAUUAUUAUAAUAUAAUAAUUAUGUAUACACAACGUUUAUAUACACAUAGUCAGAAGCGCGGGAUAAUAUAGCCUCCACGGAUUAUAUAGAUUAUAAGGAUUUGCCUCCUUCCGCGGAACAGUCGAGCCGGCAAUGGAACAAUACAAUAAUAAAGAAGAAGAAGAAGAAAAAAAGGUGUAGAAAGAAUUUCGUCGAACGUCGGUCGCGUUUCGAUGUGGAAAUUAUAUUUUAGACAGACUGCUCAAAAUAAUUCGAAGAUUUACGUUUCUAAGUGAUAACGAGAUAGAGGAUGAAUCGCCGGUCGCGUUUCGAUGCGAGGAUUGCGAACACUGCUCAAACUAUUUCGUUUCUGUACGAAUACACACACAGACUUAGGUAAAUCGAAUGAAAUAGCCAUAGUAGGAUAUUGUUAUUAUUAUUAUUAUUAUUUUUUUAUUAAAUUUCUUCUAUCCAGAGAUCGCUAGAGAUACAUUCGAAACAUCUUCGAAAUUGUGGCGGUAAUGGAAACUUGAGUCGAGAUAGAUCAAACGGUGUUAUCCACCGUUGCUUUUUCCGAUGCAAGUCGAUAUAGAUUAUAUUCGCAGAAUUCAAUGUUCUUUUUUUUUUUUCUUUUUAUUAGAAAAAAUAUCUCUACAAUGUCGAGGAUGUUCGAAGUCAUUAGCACUCGAAUCACAAAUAUAUAGAACACACAAAUGAUAGAAUUCUUCUCUGAUUACUUUGAGCGGAAAAGAUGGAAAAAGAUGGGAAAAAAAGAACGACUUGUAUCUGGUCGGAGAUUACAAUGGAGCUACCUCAGUUUUACGAUAUAUAAUGUAAUAUCGACAUAGAACGCGCACUCGAGCCGCAUUUUUCUCGCUGAAAAUGGACAAGAAAUACUAUUUCACUGCCAAGCGUGCCAUGCUCGACUAUUCCGCGUGCGACAGUGCUGAAUUCCAAAAUCACAAUGCAAUACGUUGUACUUACAGUCGUUUUUACGCGUUGACUCGUCGAUAUAUACCGGUUAGUGAUUUUACUGCUGCAUAGAGAGAGAGAGAGAGAGAGAGAGAGAGGGAGAGGGAGAGAGAGAGAGAGAGAGAGAGAGAAGAAUGAAAGAGAUGAUCGUACGACAGAACGAGAGAGAAAUCGAGGAAAAAAAAUACAUUUUUUUUUCGCGUGAAUGCGUUAAUGCGUGAUACACGAUGUUACACCGCGUGCAAGCCAGGUGAAAAUGUAGAGAUUUUUUAAAGGUGUGACAGAGAAGGAAGAAUGUUAAAGUGAGAAAGAAGACUAGAAUGCGAGAUGACCGUGUAAGAAGAAGAAGAAGAAGAAGAAGAAGAAAAAAAUACGUUCGGAUGGCCUCCUAUUAUUAUAUUAUAUGCAUAUAAUUAUAUAUAUUAUUAGAAAGUGAGAAGAAAAGAGGAAAAAUAUAAAAUAUACCUAUCUACGUGAUAUUUUACAGAGAACAUAAUCAGGGACGCGUCGUAACCAUAGACGUAUAAUUAUUAUAUUAUAUAUUAUAUAAUAGAGUCUCUUUCUAGUGAUAGAAAAAAAGGAAAAAAAAAAAACCAUAAACUCUUAACUUAUUUUGUAACUCAUCGUCGGAUCUGAGGAAGAGGAACACGGUCGCGUGACGAAACCAAUGAGCGUGCAAUUCUCGACGUACGGCGUGAUCAAAUUUCAACAUAUUUUUCGAAACAAUACAAUGAUGAUAGAGAAAUGAUCGAUCGUGACAGGUUUCCACCGUUUCUUACAAAAUCUCCAUAAAAUUUUAAAUUCGCCAUUCUCACGGAGGGAACUUUUGAUGGGAACGACGAGCGAAACGUUCAAUCUUUAAGCGUCAUUGUCGUUCAAAAGUUCAUCGUUAUAAUUAAUUUAAUUAUAGCCACGCUUUCGUUGAAACGAAAAAUUUGGCUUAAUUUUCAUAUUCCUGCGUACACGGCCACGAUCUCGAUCUCGAUCCUUUCUUUUUUUAACGAUUUUUAUCCCGCGGAUACAUCCGGAUCCAUUUUCCAUCACGAUUUUCCUCCAUGAGACGGAUAAUUCUCGUGUUUCUUUUUUUUUUUUUUUUUUCUUUUUCUUUUUCUUUCGCCGUUUAUUAAUUUUGAAUAUCAUCGACAUACGGGGGCCAGGGUGAAACCACACCACGUUUUGUCUGCGGAGCGUAUUAUCGAUUUGCUUGUUAUAUCGUUAUCGUCGCCUUGCUGAACCGGCGCGAUUCUCCCAUUAAUCGUAAACGCUAGCUAUCGGCGUAAUUUGCAUAUUGAUCGUGCAGAAAGAGAAAUAAGAAGAGAGGAAAAGAAGAAGUGGAAGAAGAAAAGAGAUUGAAAAAAGAAAGAAAGGAAAAGAAAAGAAGGAAAAAUGCGGACGAACAUUGUCGGAAAGAAAAAUAAAAUGUUGUAAAAAUUUGCGAGAAUUUCGAGCAUAUCCGUAAGAGCGAAGAGUUUCGAAAAGUGGUGGGAAGAAAAAGGGAGUAAAAGAAAAAACGAGAAAUAAUGAUAGAGAGAAUGGUUAUGAGAGAGUGAGAGAGUGUGUGUGAGAGAGAGAAAGAGGGGAGGAGGGGAGAGAGAGAGAGAGAGAGAAAGAGAGUGAGAGAAUUAGCGAUCAUCAUGGGCCCCGUCAUCGAGACGCAACGCCACCUCGUUCUUUACUUAACGGUUAACUAUCAUUAAGGUGCUUCAAUAUUGUUACGUUACGUUUUUUUUAUUACCGUCAUUUAAUAUUAAUGUUAUUAUUAUUAUUGUCAUUAUCAUUUCAUUAUUAUUAGCUUCGCUAGAUCGUGUUUAGAAAAGAAUGAUGUACAUCUGUCUCCUGGCAGGGAAUCGAGGAAAAAAAAAAGAAACAAGGAAAACGAGAUCGCGUUAUUUCGUGGGCAUUAAAAGAAAAGGGGAGAGGGGGGGGGGAAAAAAAAGAAAAAAACGUGCAUAGAAGGAAAACGCUUCACGCUUCACGAAUAUAUUCUUUUCCUUCGUCCUUUUGGAUUUUUUUAUUUUUCUUUUAUCUUUCGUUGUAUUUUUCUUCGCCCAUCGAUUUUUUUUUUUCGCCCACGUUUCUCGCCAUUGAGACAGAGGCAGUCUUGCUAUAACGUGAACGAGCCAGUAUGUCAGAUAUAUCCUGUUUUCUUUUCCCCUGAAAAUCCUAUAUCUUGUCUUGUCUUCCCAAUUCUUUCCUCUCCUUUCUUUCUUUUUUUUUUUUCUUUAAUGCCUUGUAAAUACCAAUCUAUUAGUCUAUUUAUCUACCUGAUCGUUCCAACGAAUUUCCCCAAAUUUCUUAAAUCUGAUCUGAUUAUUAUUUUAUCUUUCUUUUUUUUUCUUCUUUUUUUUUUUUAUAAUUUUUUGUUUCCCCUUCCUUCCUUCCUUCCUUCCUUCCUUCCUUUCUUCCUUCCUUCCUUUACACAUACUAUGUUACUACUUUAUGUUCAAUACGUUUUUAUUUUGCCAUUCUUAGCAUGUAAGCCAUCCAACUUGCCAAUACGAUUACAAUAAAAUAUGUUUAGAAAGGA